AUGCAGUACGUGGAAACCCUCCAAGAACAGCUCGCAGACCUCAGAUCAGCAGGCGCCAAAAGGAUACCCAGCGAUCUUCUUGACCAGUAUGAGCAGCAUGUGGAUAAUAUUUCGAGGCAACUUGGUCCUGCCAAGCUGCCCUCAUACUGCAGACCCCCUGCCAGUGGCACGAAGGCCACCCCUCCCUCAGGAAUGAAGGAGGGCAAUAGCAAUAGUCCUGCAGGAGGUGCUGUUGCUGGGGAGCAUGGAUCAGCUGCACAAGCGCCGCAGUCUGAGGGGGUCAAGGAGAGGGCUGCACUCAAUCAGCGGCCAGCCCUGGGAAACUUGACCUCGGACACAAAGGAAGUCAUUGAUCGGCAGCAGAAUUUGCAGGAUGAUCUAACGGAUGAGAUGGUGGAGUUGGCAGCUGGGCUGAAGCGCAAUGCACAGGCCAUGCAGCAGUCUGUCACACAGCGAGGCGUAUUGCUGGAAGAGACCGAUGAGAGCAUAGAAAGGAAUCUGGCUUCAGCGCAGAAGAGCGUGAAACGGGCAAAGGAGGAGCACACAAGGCUGACCCGAGCUGUUGGGUACACAGCAGCCCCACGCUUCAGGGCAAACCCAAACACAGAGCUGUAA